AUGGCGGUGGCUCAAGGGUUGGGGAAGAGAUACAUCAAAGCCUUUUUUAAAGGUUUCUUUGUUGCUGUUCCCAUAACGGUGACUUUCCUGGAUAGAGUUGCCUGUGUAGCAAGGGUGGAAGGAGCAUCAAUGCAGCCUUCUUUGAAUCCUGGUGGAAGACAAGCAUCUGAUGUAGUGCUCUUAAACCACUGGAGCAUUCGAAAUUAUGAUGUACAGCGUGGGGACAUUGUGUCAUUGGUGUAA